AUGGGGUUGGCAGUGACCGUGGCACCCAGCGGGAGUGGGCUGCGGGCACGGGAGGGCGCAGAGCUGGGAGCGGUGGCGCUGCAGAGGAUGGGAACAGUCCAGGAAGCCCGAGGGCCGGCGCCCGGCUGCCAGCUGAGCCCCUGGUCGGCGUGGAGCCCCUGCAGCGCCAGCUGUGGGGGGGGCGUGUCGGAGCGGAGCCGGAGCCUGCUGUCCCCAGGGGAGGGCCGGGGGGAGCACUGCCCUGCCCCCCUGCUGCUGCACCGCGCCUGCCACACCCACAACUGCACGCCAGAGUGCCCGGGCCCCCAGGUGUACAGCGAUUGCGCCAACGCCUGUCCCCGCACCUGCUCCGACCUGCGCCCCGGGACCGAGUGCCUGCGGGAGGAGUGCCAGCCUGGCUGCGCCUGCCCUCCCGGCCAGGUGCUGCAGGACGGGGCGUGUGCGCCCCCGGAGGAAUGCCGCUGUUCGCUGGUCCCUGCACCUGCCGUGCCAUGGGCCUCCAACCUGUCGCAGGAGGAGCGGGCGAGAGAGUACCCAGCCGGCAGCACCAUCCACCACCAGUGCAACAGCUGUGUCUGUCGCAGAGGCACCUUCAGCUGCUCCCAGCAGGACUGCAACGUGGACUGCCUCUGGUCCGCGUGGUCAGCCUGGUCCGCGUGCUCAGUGACGUGUGGGUCGGGCGUGCGGAUCUCCCAGCGGCACCAGCUGCAGCAGCGCCUGUACGCCGGGGCCGAGUGCCUGGGCCCCCCGACGCGCCGGACGCCCUGCUCCCUGCCCGACUGCGCCUGCCCCACAGGGGAGCAUUGGCGCGGCCCCGGCCCCACGGCGCCCUGCGAGCGAACCUGCCGGCAGAUCUACGAGGAGUCCCGGCCCGACUGCAGCGUGGGGGCCGCGCCAGGCUGCGUGUGCGAGGCCGGGCGGUACCGGAACAGCAGUGGGCACUGUGUCACCGCCGCCCACUGCGAGUGUGAGCACGGGGGCCAGCUGCGCCCGCCUGGAGCUGAGUGGCAGGAGGCCUGUGAGAGCUGCCGCUGCCUGAACGGGAGGGCUGUGUGCACGGCUGGCUGCCCCCCUCUCUUCUGCCUCGAGCCCGGGGCCGGCUACGCCCGCUGCUCAGAGCCGCGCUCGGAGACGGUGGCGCUCUGCGGGGCAGACAAGGCCGCCUGGGAGCACCACGUCCCGCCGGGAGAGAGGAACCAGACGGUGGGGCCCUGCACCGAGUACUCGUGUGCUGAGGGCAAAUGCAUCCCCUUUAAGCAGGUGUGUAACGGGCUGGCGGAUUGCGCAGAUGGCAGCGAGGCCUCGGGCUGGCUGCCCUCGGACGAGCGGGACUGCGGGCUCUGGAGCCCCUGGGCCCCCUGGAGCACCUGCAGCCGGUCUUGUGGGACAGGCCUGCAGAUCCGCAGGCGGGUCUGCACCAGACGGGCCAAUGACGUCCUGCGCCACUGCCACGGCGAGGAGACGCAGGCCCAGCAGUGCUUCGCCCUGGCCUGCCCAGUGGACGGCGCCUGGAGCGAGUGGGCGACGUGGGCGAACUGCACCCAGGACUGCCGCGGGGUGGUGGUGCGGCGCCGGGAGUGCAUCGCGCCCCGGAAUGGGGGCAGGCACUGCUCCGAGCUGCCCGGAGCCUCGCCUAGCACGCUGGAGAUCAAGCCCUGCCAGCUGGAAGGCUGCCUCAACGCCACCGCCUGCCCCGCAGGCCUGGUGCGCAGGCUGUGUGCCCCGUGCCCCAUGUCCUGUGCCGAUCUGGCCAGCAAGGGCAAGUGCAAGAGGGACAGGCCCUGCAGCCCAGGCUGCUGGUGCCCGGAGGGGCUGGUGCUGGACAGCGAGCAGCGGUGCGUGCGCCCCCGGGAGUGCCCGUGCCUGGUGGAGGGCGUGCGCCACUGGCCCGGCCAGCUGGUGAAGGUGAACUGCCGCAUCUGCGCCUGCCAGGACGGGCAGAUGAAGCGGUGCCGGCAGAACCCCGAGUGCACUGUUAACUGCGGCUGGUCGGCCUGGUCUCCCUGGGGCGAGUGCCUGGGCCCGUGCGGUGUGCAGAGCAUCCAGUGGUCCUUCCGCAGCCCCAACAACCCCAGCAAGCACGGCAACGGGCGUCAGUGCCGGGGCAUCUACCGCAAGGCGCGCAGGUGCCAGACAGAUCCGUGUGAGGAGUGCGAGCACCACGGCCGGUCGCACCCCAUUGGCGACCGCUGGCGAUCGGGACAGUGUCAGGUGUGCCAAUGCCUGCCCAACCUGACGGUGCAGUGCUCCCAGUACUGCCCCUACAGCACCGUGGGGUGCCCAGAGGGGCGGGAGCUGGUGGAGGGCAGGGGUGAGGCCUGCUGCUACUGCGCUGAAGCGGGUGAGAACAGGACCAGCGCGCCUGCUGUCCAGACGGCCGGGCCCCUGGGCACCACCCUGGCCAGCCCGGCUGCCUCCACCAGCCCUCCUCUCGUCACCUUCCCGCUGCCCCCUCUCGGAGACCGGUGCUACGGCCCCCUGGGCUUGGCCUCCUUACCGGCCAGCUGCUUCACAGCCUCCUCCCAGCAGCCGGAGAACCCUGCCCACGCCGGGCGCCUCAACCACGUGCUCCCGGGCUCGGACCUGCAGGGCUGGGGGCCCCAGGCAGAGGUGUACCACGAGCUGCUCUCCAAGCCGCCCUACCUGCAGGUGGAUCUGCUGGAGCCCAGGAACCUCACAGGGGUGGUGGUGCAGGGGGCAGGCUCCUCGGACGCCUACGUNACCAGCUUCUUCCUGCAGUUCAGCACGGACGGGCUGAGGUGGCACGAGUACCGGGAGCUGUUCCUGGGAAACGCCGAUGACUCCACGCCGGUGGUGAGGACUUUCCAGCGCAUGGUCCGUGCCCGGCACGUCCGCAUCCUCCCCCACGACUUCCACCACGGGAUCUUCCUGCGGGCAGAGCUGCUGGGCUGCGAGAGAGUGCCCCCUGGGGCACCGACUGCACCACCGGGCCCGAGGCCCUGCCGGACCGGGGAGUUCCAGUGCCGCAACGGACGCUGCGUCCCCGCUGGGCCCCGCGGCGCCGUGUGCAACGGACUCGACGAUUGCGGAGACUUCUCGGACGAGCUGCGCUGCGGGACAGCCCCGUCCGUGGGGCCCUCUGCCCCCUGGCGCUGCCCCCUCUCCCACUUCCACUGCGCGCUGUCUGACGGCUGCAUCGACGCCUCCCGGCGGUGUGACGGCAUCGCCGACUGUCCGGACGGCACCGACGAGGCUGGCUGCGGCGUGUUCCCUGUGGGCACAGCCAGCAGCUGGGCCCCCGGGCAGCCCUCGCCACCCACCGAGGAGGUGUCCCGGGGCACAGAGGGCUGGCUAUUCCCUGGAGACGUCCUCCCCACCCCCACAGGUCCCUGCAGCGAGCCGCUGGGCCUGGACAACGGCAGGGUCCGCUACCAGCAGCUGAGCGCCUCCUCCCACCGGGACAGCAACCCCCCCCGACGCCGGGCGCCUCAACAUGGUGCCCAACAUACUGAACAUCGAGCCGGGCUGGGCCCUCUGGAGACCGACCGCAGCCCCUACUUCCAGGUGGACUUCCUGCGGCCCACCUUCGUCAGCGCACUGGUCACGCAGGGCGGCCCGGCGGCCGGGGGCUACGUCACCAGGUACCGCCUGCAGUACAGCCACGACGGUGUGCACUACCGCAACUACACGGGGGCAGCGCCCGGCGCCGCGCCCCCCCAGCCGGCUCAGGUACUGCAGGGCAACUUCGACAGCCACACGCCGGUGCAGCGGGAGCUGCGCCCCCUGAUCCUGGCUCGCUACCUGCGGCUGCUGCCUGUGGAGUAUCACCGGAGCAUCCACCUGCGCAUGGAGGCGCUGGGCUGCCCCUGGAGUGCUGCUCCUCUGGGGACCAGCCCCACCUCCGAGCAGCCCCCGCUCCCCACGGCGACUCCGGUCCCAGGAUCCCGGAUCCCCAGCACAGUCAAUGAGAGCAGCGAGGCCAAACCCACGGGCCAGCCAGAGGGCACCACGGCAGCAGGGAAGGAGCCGGGCGCCCCGACGCUGGGGCCGACAGGGCCUGCUGGGGUCACGCACAGCCCUGGAGCAGCUGGCCCCGAGGUGCCCCACCUGAGCACAGCUCGGCCUUGGUGGGGCCCUGGGACGCCCGGCCUCGCGGAGGAAUCCAGGCGCUCCGGUGCUCCUGGCGUGGCAAGCCCAGAGCCUGGGCGCCCGGGGGAGACACCCACCUCCUGGUCCCCAGGGACUCCUGGGCUCUUCUGGGCAGGGACAACCUCUCCAGGGACCCCACGCCUGCUGGGCCCCACGCUGCCGGGCAUGGCGGCUGUGACUGUGUCAGCUGCAGGUCCUGGGCCUGGCCCCACGGGGCUGCCUGGGCUGCACACCGGCCCCUCCCAGCCCGGCAGGCCCGGGCUGGCCACCACUCUGGCUGGGCUGCCCUUCCCCCGACUCCUCUGCACCCAGGGCCAGUUUGCCUGCGAGGUGCUGGGCUGCGUGGAGGCCGCCUUCGUGUGCGACGGGCAGGAGGACUGCCUGGACGGGUCGGAUGAGUGGCACUGCGGAGGCCCCACCGCCUCGGCCGUCCCCACCGCCACGCUGGCCUCCCCGACCGGGCGGCCCAGCGCCUGCUCCGCCAAGCAGUUCUCCUGCGGCAGUGGGGAGUGCCUGGCCCCGGAGAAGCGCUGCGACCUGCACUCGGACUGCCAGGACGGCUCCGACGAGAGCAGCUGUGUGGACUGCAUCCUGUCUCCCUGGAGCGGCUGGAGCGAGUGCAGCCGGUCGUGCGGGCUGGGCGUGACCUUCCGCCGGCGGGACCUGCUCCGGAACGCCCUGCCCGGGGGCCAGUGCGAACGCAACGAAUUCGACAGCCGCUCCUGCUUCCUCCGGGCCUGCCCAGUGAACGGCGCCUGGGCCCCCUGGGGCGAGUGGUCGGACUGCGACGCCGAGUGCCGCGGCGGAGUGCGGAGCCGCACGCGGAGCUGCGCCGACCCCCCGCCCAAGAACGGGGGCCAGCCCUGCCCCGGCGACGCCGUGCAGACAGAGCCCUGCAACCUGCAGCCCUGCGGGGAUGCCCGCGACUGCGGCCCCGAGAUGGUGCACGUGCAGGCUGAGGACUGCGAGAGGGGCCUGGUGGCACCGUGCCCCCAGUCGUGCCGGGAGCUGAACGCUGAGAGGAGCUGCCAGAGCCAUUGUGUGGAGGGCUGCCGGUGCCCCCCGGGGCUCUACCUGCAGGAGGGCGGCUGCGUGAACAUCAGCCAGUGCCACUGCGACUUCAGCCAGGAGCGGCGCCUGCCCGGGGAGAUGUUCCUGCACGACAACUGCAGCCAGUGCGUGUGCCUGGACGGGGUGGUGACGUGUGACGACCUGGCCUGCCCCGUUAACUGCGGCUGGUCGGCCUGGUCCCCGUGGACACCCUGCGACCGCAGCUGCGGAGUCGGCAUGCGGGAGAGAUUCAGAUCCCCCACCAACCCGGCACCUGCCAACGGCGGAGCCCCGUGCGAGGGGGAUGCGCAGCAAGUCCGCGAGUGCCACACGGCCUGUGUCUCCGAGCCCGCCGGCCCCUGGAGCGACUGGACGCCCUGGUCCCCCUGCUCCAAGACCUGCUUCUACGACGUGGACCGUGUCGGGGUGAGGAAGCGGUUCCGUCACUGCAACGACACCGGGGAGGGCGCUGGGCGAUGCCAGGGGGCGCCCGUGGAGGAGGAGCAGUGUGACACGCCGCCCUGCCCCGUGGGAGGCGUCUGGACCCCCUGGACGGCCUGGUCCCGAUGCUCCGCUACCUGCGACUCCGGCGUCCAGACCCGCAGCCGCACCUGCUCCAACCCGGCCUACGGGGGCCCCGAGUGCACGGGGCCCCUCGUCCAGACCCGGGACUGCAACAGCCAGCCCUGCCGAGGUACUGGGGGGCUCACCCCGAGCGGCCGGGCGCGGGGCCCUGCCAAGUGGAGCUCCUGCAGCCGCAGCUGCAACGUGGGCACCCGGCGGCGCUACCGCUCUGGCUCCGACCCGCCCGCCGCUUUCGGGGGGCGCGACUGCCAGGGCCCCGGCGUGGAGGUCGAGUUCUGCAGCCUGCAGCCCUGCAGGGGCUCUGGGGCCGAAUGGGGUCCCUGGUCGGAGUGCUCCGUGCCCUGCGGGGGCGGCUACCAGAACCGCACACGGGGCAGCACCGUCCUGCACCGGAUCGAGUUCACCACCUGCAACCUCCAGCCCUGCGCCGGCGAGGUGCCCGGCGUCUGCCCGGAGGGGAAGCUGUGGCAGGAAUGUGCUGAUGCACCGGCCUCCUGUGCGGAGCUGAGCACGGAGCCCCCUGCUGACAGGCCCUGCCACGCUGGCUGUUACUGCCCCCCCGGCACCGUCCUGCUGAAUAACCGGUGCGUGGCGGAGUCGGAGUGCCCCUGUGCCGAGGGCGGAGUGCUCUACGCCCCAGGAGAUGUGGUGCCCAAGGGCUGUGAGAACUGCUCCUGUGAGGCCGGCCGGAUCUCCAACUGCUCCCGGGUGGCCUGUGGGGACGUGAGCGGCGGCUGGUCGGACUGGACACCCUGGAGUGAGUGUUCAGCCUCCUGUGGGCUGGGGCUCCAGACCCGGUACCGGUUCUGCACGGCCCCCGCUCCGUCGGGGACCGGACUGCCCUGCCUGGGGCCGGAGCGCGAGGAGCAGCCCUGCCACGUCCAGCCCUGCUCCAGGAGCGGCGGCUGGAGCGCGUGGAGCUCCUGGACCGAGUGCACCAAGAGCUGUGGCGAAGGGCUGCGGAGCCGGGCCCGAGCCUGCGACAGCCCCGCCCCGCUGGGCCACGGCGACUACUGCGAGGGGCCCCCCGCCCAGGUGGAGGCCUGCCACCCAGGGCAGUGCCCAGCUCUGGACUGCGCAGCCGUGCAGGGCUCCAUGUACAGCCGCUGCGGCCCCUCCUGCCCCCGCUCCUGCGACGACAUUUCGCACUGCCUGUGGAGCUGCGAACCCGGCUGCUACUGCACCAGCGGCAGGGUGCUGAACGCCAACGGCUCGGCCUGCGUGGAGAGGCAGGAUUGCACCUGCCUGGACCUGCUCACCCAGGAGAGGUACCUGCCGGGGGAGACCGUGGCCCACCAGGACGGCUGCAACAACUGCCCGGGCAUCGGCUGCGCUGCCCCCAGCACCAUGCCUGGCAGCGGCAGUCCUAGAGGGCGUGUGGCCCGCGCCGUGGGCUGGGCGCUGCCGGGCUGCGGUGGGGGGCAGGUGGCCUUCGCCUGUGGCAAGCCCUGCCCCCGCUCCUGCGAGGACCUGCAGGCGGACACGGCCUGCCUGGACAGCCCCCAGUGCCAGCCCUCGUGCGGCUGCCCCGCUGGCCGGCUCCUCCAGGACGGGGCGUGUGUGAGCCUGGCGCAGUGUCGCUGCAAGUACCACAAUGGCUCCCUGGAGGCCCCGGAGCAGCAGCCCCCCUCGGCCUGGGCUGGCCCCGUGCCCUGGGAGUACGCGCAGCCUGGGCAGACCGUGUACGGGCCCUGCCAGAACUGCACCUGCGAGGACGGGCACCUGCAGUGCCGCGCCGACCCUGCGUGCCGGCUGGACGGCGGCUGGGGGGCCUGGGGGCCGUGGUCGCCCUGCCCCGAGCGCUGCCAGGAGGGCCCCCAGUUCCGCUUCCGAGAGUGCGAGAACCCGGCCCCCCAACACGGGGGCAGGGGCUGCACCGGGGACAGCCAGCAGCAGCGAGCCUGCCACCAGGUGAUGCCCCAGUGCAUUGUGGGAUAUGUUUGUGGGUGCUCCCUGGCUGCGAGCUGUGCUGGCCACAUGCGCAGGCCCCCGUGGGGGCAGGAACAGGCGGGUUGCCCAGGAGGAGUUGGCUGGCGAGGCCGUCCCCGGCUGCGGGCGCACAGGGGGGCAUGUACCCGGAGCCCUGCAGCAUGGGGUCGGCUCGCUGGGGUGGCUGCGGCUGUUCUCAGGUGCCCGUCCAGCAGCACUAGUCCAUGCCAGGGCAGAGGUCCAGUCCCUGCGUUCUCCAUGCCAGAGGGGCCCCUGCCCCCCAAGCGACCACUGCGGUUUUUGCCUCCCGUGCAGGAGUGCCCCUGCCUGGUCACCGAGGAGACCCUGCAGGAGCUCCAGAACCAUUCAGCAAACGCCAGCGCCCUCCCGGCCGUCCUCACCGCCCAGGGCCGCUGGGUCUCUCUGGGCCAGGAGGUGCAGCCCCACGACACGAUUCGCUCCGCCUGCAGCACCUGCACCUGCCACAACGGCCAACUGAACUGCUCCUUCACCCGGUGCCCGCUGGACGGCGGCUUCGCGCCCUGGAGCCCCUGGACCCCCUGCUCCGUGAGCUGCGGGGGGCUGGGGCACAUGACCAGGGCACGGGGCUGCACCAGCCCCCCUCCUGCCAAUGGAGGGAAGGACUGCGUGGGCCCUCGGACUGACAUCAAGUACUGCCAGACACUGGAGUGCCCAGUGACGCCUGGUGCCACAAAGGAGCCUGUCCCCAGCGUGCCAGGCUCCGAGGAGGGCUUCAGCCUCUGGUCCCCGUGGAGCCCCUGCUCCAAAACCUGCACCGAUCCCGAGUUCCCAGCCACCAAAACCCGGACCCGGGGCUGUGCGGGAGGAGCCAACUGCACCGGGGAGUCGUUCCAGGAGCGGGCGUGUAACCUGCCCCAGUGCACAGGGUGCCAGGGCAUCCUGACUGCAAACACCGAGCGGCGCUUCUGCAACCUGCAGGCCUGCAAAGUGGCUGGAGCCUGGUCCAAGUGGAGCCCGUGGUCGUGGUGCGACCGCACCUGCGGGGGAGGCCGCUCUGUGCGCACUCGCACCUGCACCAGCCCCCCGCCCAAGAACGGAGGGGCCCGCUGCCCAGGGGAGAAGUACCAGGGGCGCGUCUGCAACCCCCGGCCCUGCGAGGAGGGAUGCCCGCCUGCCAUGGCCAUGGUGGACUGCGCCAACCGAUGCCCGCGCCAUUGCUGGGACCUGCAGGAGGGCAUCACGUGCCAGGACGGGGAGGCCUGCGAGCCCGGCUGCCGCUGCCCGGAAGGGACCCUGGAGCAGGACGGCGCCUGCGUCUCCCCGCAGCACUGCGAGUGCACCGACGCCCAGGGGCACAGCUGGGUGCCAGGCAGCCUGCGCCACGACGGCUGCAACAACUGCACGUGCUCCGAGGGGCGGCUGCUUUGCACCCGCCGCACCUGCCCCCCCAGCCAGUGUGACUGGAGCCACUGGUCCCGCUGGUCCCCGUGCAGCGUCACCUGUGGGGACGGGCUGCAAACCCGCUUCAGGGGACCCCGCCCCCUAGUGCUAACCCGGCCCGUCUCCCCAGUGCAUGGCUCCUGGACGCCUUGGUCUCCCUGGUCCGACUGCCCCGUCACCUGUGGCAACGGCACCCACGUCCGCACCAGGGCCUGCAUCAACCCGCCACCGCGCAACAAUGGCUCGGCCUGCGCCGGCCCCGAGGCUGAGGCCCAGGGCUGCGCUGCCCGGCCCUGCCCAGCGGCCGAGCGAUGUGACUGGUCGGCCUGGAGCCCCUGCUCACGCUCCUGUGGCAUCGGCCUGGCCACGCGGACGGGGACAUGCGCCUGCCCCAGCCCCGAGGGGCCCAGCGCCCCCUGCAAUGACAGCGCCCGCCAGGAGGUGGAGCCCUGCUACCUGCGGCCGUGUGAAGGUGAGACACAGAGGAAAGUGUUUGGACGUUAA